AUUGUCCGUAUCUACUCUUGUUGCAUAAAAUAUAUUGAUUUCUUUUUACUUCGGUCCAUUGUUUUCAGGCCAGUAAUAUAUUUCUGAAGUAUGCAAACAGACAAGGCCCAACACUAGUUUAUAAAAGAAGCAGAAUCUAAUGUUAAACAUAGAAAAAAGAUGAAAUUGACAUCUUAAAACGUCAAAAUUUUUCAUAACCAAACCAAAUAUGAACAAGAUCUUUCAGACGUAAUAUUUACAUAAAUUUACCAUAAUUAUACAGAAAAAAUGAACCGUUGUACUUUAUUGAAAUGACUAAUAAUAGAAUCGUUUUAAGCUAUAACGAAAGCUUAUUAAGAUCGUCUGAUAUCGAAUUACUCAAAGGCCCUUAUUGGUUAAACGAUACAAUAAUAUCGUUCUACUUUGAAUAUUUACAAACGGAUUUAUUUAGAAACCAUGACCGCGUAUUAUUCGUAGCUCCCGAAAUUACGCAGUGCAUAAAAGUGUCUCCUUUAAAUGAGUUGGAUACAUUUUUACAACCACUUGUAGAUUCCAAAAGAAGAGACUUUAUAUUCUUUGCUCUAAAUGACAAUGAGGUAACGGACAGCUCCGGAGGCUCGCACUGGAGCCUCCUAGUGUUUUCUAGACCUGAAAGAAUGGUUUUUCAUUUUGAUUCGUCACACGGAUGCAACGAUAGUCAAGCUAUUGAAUUAGGUGAAAAAAUUUUGAAAUAUUUUUCGAUGCCCUUUCAAGGAAAAUUCCAAAACGUGCCUUGUUUACAACAAAACAACGGAUAUGAUUGCGGGAUACAUGUACUAUGUAAUACUGAACAGUUGGCUAGCUAUGCUACUCAUUAUGGAAGAAUAUUAGGUUGUCCGCAAUUGCCAAUGGAAAAGGUCACAGCUAAACGAUGGGAGGUUUUAGAUAUUAUUGAAGGAUUGAAAUAUCAAGCUUAUGUAAAUUAAACUUAGUAAUAAUAAAAUGGUUUGUUCAUUUUAUAAUAACUGAUUAAUAAUUUAUUUUGAAGAUAAAUAUUGGGCAGAUUAAUUAAUUUUAAUUUUUUUACAAUCAGGCAUUAACGGUACACUUUUUAGUAUUAACUGUAAUAAUUUAUUGUAUUUUUUUUAAGAAAAUAAAAUUGUUAAAACUAUUUUUAAUUAAAUUAUUUAUAAUAGA